UUUUCUAAUUAGUGGUGAUGAUGUUUCCUCUUUAGAAACAAAAGAAGAAAGUUAUGGCAUUAAAGAGGAUGACUCUGCUCAAGAGUGUAAAUCAGGAGAUGACAGUUCUGAAAGUACCUCCGAAAAUAGCUCUGAAAGUGAGUCAGAUACUGAGGAACCAGAUAUAAAAAAAUCAGAGGCUACCAGCCAAGUUCGCUGUGAACACAUCAAGACUGAACAUAACCAGAAAGAGCAAGUGACCCCCAGAAAACUUUCGAGAGGACAAUUUUGGUUGAAGCUGGAGGCAGAGGGAACAUAUCAGUGUACUGUUACAGGCUUGAUAUUUGAUGUAACAAAGGCUGUUGUAAUCAAAUAUUCUGUGUUAUCUUGGAGCAAAUAUGCUGAUUAUAUUGAAAAACCAUGGAUUGUCGGAGGCCCUCUAUUUAAUAUCAGUUGUGACUCGGCCUCUGAUCUUACUUCCAUUCAGUUCCCACAUUCCCUCAGCCUAAAUGAUCAUGAAUCUGACAUGUCAUUCAAAGUUUUACAUAUUAAAAGUACUGGUCCAUCAAUUGAGCCUUCUGUUGAUCAUUCAAUGACGCAUGUCAAAUGGCAUGUGAGUUCUCUCUCUCCGGUCGGACCGGUCGUUCAAACACAAGAGCCAGUAUAUUAUGAUGGAGCUGUAAUUUUAUACAAAGUUGUCAAUAAUCACCCUUCCUUAUCUUUUCGUGUGUAUGUAGCAACAAAUAAUGAUUCAUUUAUAAAGGAUAUCACGAAAACAGUAAAAUCUUCUGGUAAGAAAUUCAUCAAAAUUGACAAGCCCCCAGUUUGUCAAAAACGACUACAAGAUGGAAAGAAAUACAAAUUAAUCAGUGAAUCAGAAGCUGAAAUAACUCCUGAGGAAAUUGAAUUUUGUGAUGGCUCGGUCUUAAAAUUAAAACAUUAUUUUGAAGUCUACUUGGAGCAACCUAUGGUGUUUACCUUAUCUUUGAUUGAAGAUGAAUCUGAAGAAAUUGUCUGGAAAGCAAAACUAAGAGAAUGUGACUGGAUACUACAUGACCAGAACAAGAAUGAACAGAAAAGAAACACAAUCAGUAACAGAAGACGGAAAUCAAGCGUCAGCCUUUCUGAAGAAGAGAUUUAUAAUAAAAGGCCAAAGGGUACAGAUAUUUCAGAUGGAACUAAAGCUAAAACUACAUUAACUGACCAGCAACUGAUGACUCUUGCAAGGAAGAUGGGUAAAGAUUGGAAAGAAAUUGCCAUUGAAUGCCUUAAGUUAGAAAUGAAAGAUAUUCAUCAGAUUCAGGCAAAGGAAGACGAGGUUAAUGUUUAUAAAUUCAUGAUGUUGUGCAAGUGGAGGGAAGGUGAACAGAAUAAUGGAACUGCCCAAAAUUUGUAUGACAGUCUCAAGGAUCAUGUGUCAUAUGAAGUAAUACAAAUACUGAAAGAUUUUGUAGAGCAGACAUAAGUUCAUGGAGAAACAAGCUAAAAGGAGAACUCUCAGGGACAUUCAGCUGCAUAAUGGUUUAAACAUUUCAUACUGUUUAAAUGUCAUUUAAUUGUGGACUCUACUUUUGGAACUCAGGAGACCCAGUAUGAAGAUAUAAUCCAUCAGCAAUCUUUGGAAGAUAAAACAUUAUUUUGGAAAAUAAUAUGAAUUGAAUUUUGCACCAAUGUAAAUAAGUGCAACAUUUUCAGGAGUAAUUAUUCAAAUGUUUGAAUACCAACUAUAUUACCAAUAUAGUUAUCACUGAAGUAGCAAUCUGAAUGCAAUUUGAAUCUCUCAUUGAUGUCAUUUCUGCU